AUGAGUCCGCCAACAGACCUCAAGGAAGUGCUUGACUCGGAGAUCAAGGAAUGGCAUUUCCACAUCUACUUCUUCCAGAAGAAUGACGCACAGCGCAAGGCCGCACUCGAGCUUCGCGAUGCUGUUCUGCGCUUACGCCGAGACGGCGCUUUCGUAGCGGUACCGCUCUGGAGAGUCAACUACGAACCUAUGGGCCCGCAUCCUUGUGGUUCAUAUGAAGUAUGGUGCCCGUCGGAGUCCUUUGCUUCGCUGUUCUCGUAUCUAUGUAUGAAUCGCGGAGACCUGAGCAUCCUGGUGCAUCCUCUCACCCGACUCCAACGCACAGACCACGAUGAACGCAAAGCAUGGAUCGGCAAUCCUUUCCCUAUUGAUUUAUCGACUCUCCCUCUCAACGGAGAUCUUCCUUUACAGUACCCAAGCCUCAAGCUGGGAUACUCUUCACCCGCGCCGGGUCUAUCGCUCGAAGACCGUAAGCGCCUCGGAGAUGCCGUCGAAUGGAUCCUCAAGGGCGAGGAGGAGGCUGCACCUGCUCCAUUUCCGUAG